GUGGUUGGGACUGCGGCUCCUGCGGCGCCGGGAGCUGCCCGCUGGCUCCUGAUGAGCGACUGGAAACGGCAUCGGAGGAUGGCGGCGGGUCUCCUGGCUUGCAAAGGCCCCCGCACCCGGCUGCCGGUGGGCGCCAGCGCCCUGGGCUUCUUUGUCCUCUGCUGGCUGUACAUCUUCCCCGUGUACCGGCUGCCGGACGAGAAGGAGGUCGUGCAGGGAGUCCUGCUGCAGCAAGGCAGAGCCUGGCGGAGGAACCGCAGCGCUGUCGCCGGAUUCAGGAAACUACUGAAAGACUGCUGUGACCCUGGACGCUUUUUUGCCAUGACUAAAGAGAACUCUCCGGUGGGGAAGAACCUCUGGUAUGACGGGGAAUUUCUGUACUCCUUCACCAUUGACAACGAAACCUUCUCCCUUUUCCCAAAGGCAACGCCAUUCCAGCUGCCAUUGAAGAAAUGCUCUGUGGUAGGAAAUGGUGGGAUUCUGAAGAACAGCGGCUGCGGCAGACAGAUAGACCAAGCGGACUUUGUCAUGCGAUGCAAUCUUCCACCUCUCACCAGUGAAUACAGCAAGGACGUUGGGUCCAAAACUCAGCUGGUAACUGCAAAUCCCAGCAUAAUUAAGAAAAGGUUCCAGAACCUCCUUUGGUCCCGAAAAGCCUUUGUGGACAGUGUUAAAGUCUACAACCAGAGCUACAUCUAUAUGCCAGCCUUCUCCAUGAAAGCGGGGACAGAGCCCUCUCUCAGGGUCUACUACACCCUAGCAGAUGUUGGCGCCAGGCAAAAGGUGAUUUUCGCCAACCCAAACUUCUUGCGCAACAUCGGAAAGUUCUGGAAGAACAAAGGAAUCCAUGGAAGGCGGCUGUCGACGGGCCUCUUCCUGGUCAGUGCAGCCCUGGGCUUGUGUGAAGAAGUAACGAUUUACGGGUUCUGGCCCUUUUCGAUGGACCUGCAUGGGAAGUUUAUCAGUCACCACUACUACGAUAACAUCUUGCCGGAUUCGUGGUUUCACGCUAUGCCGGAGGAAUUCCUACAGCUGUGGUUUCUCCACAAAAGUGGCGUGUUGCGAAUGCAGCUGGAACAUUGCGAAGCCUGAGAACCUGGGAGAAGGUCUGAGGGAGUUUGUGUGUCUCGCCAAAUGAACAAACUGGGGAAAGGUUGCGGGGAGGGGACACGGCGGCGACUCAAAACCCAACCUUAAAAUGGGAUUUGCAUGGAAUGCUACAAUAGCAGUUGCUCCAUUGAUAACUUCAAGAUGGACAGAGGAAUCGGAGUCCUCAUGUGCAGUGUUUCAUGAGGUGAUCGGAUGUUAACUCAGCAAAAUGGCGGGAUUUGACUGGGUGUUGCCAAUGUUGCGAUUCAAGAGCAUCAAGUGGUUUGAAGAGGGGGAGGGGGUUACAAAGGGCUUUUGCUGAGUAUUUCAUAUUGCUCAGAUUUAAGACUGACAACCCAUUCAAUUGGGGAUAUGGUUUCUUUUCGGUUUCCUUUUUUUUGUUUUUUUGUUUCCAAAGCUGGAUUUUGAAAGGUGCCUGGAGUCACCCAUUCCUGUUUCUUUCAGGGAGUUUUGAACAAGUCAUAGGACAGUGCCAAUUUCUCUCUCCUUUGUUUGUUUUUGUUUCGUUUCUAAAGAAAAUGACAGGUUACUCCUUUCAAUAGCAGUAUUCUCCAGUCCUUGUAGCAUAAACUGGGAAACUUUUUUUUAAAAGAAAUGUGAAUGUUUUUUAAGCAAAAUAUUUAUUUUUUUGAUGAAACAAUCGCCCGGUCUUUCCACACAGGCCUAUUGCUGUAGGGUAACAGUUGCUGUCGGGCAGUCCAGAUUGCUCUCGGUCAUAAAACCCAAACCUACUUGAUCCCGCGGUGCAGAACUGGGCACAAUUCUGAGCUGGCCUCGCAUUGUCAAAAUGCCGAGUACCUGCACAUUUGAUAAGCAAGAAUCUGGCCUGGUGGAUAGACCCUGGGCAGUCAGUUCCUGUUUUUUGUAGACACUUAACUGAAAGCCAAUUUUGCAAUGCCUGAAAGUUGCGUGGUGGGUUUCCAAUAUGGGCUUCAUUCUACAUUCCUUUGCAUUCCGGGCCCACCAAGAAGGUGGUGCGUUGCACUUAAGAGUCAGAGCUGCUGUUCAGACUUUGGGGGGGGGGAACCAUAGGUUCAAUCUCCCAGGAUCAAUCUCUCCAAAAUAGAGGGUCCUGGGUUGCAGUAGGAAAGGACCUUCUUACGUGAAACCCGCAAUGGUGGCCUGGCCAUGUAUAAUGCCUACAAACUUCAUUUUGCAAUUGCAACUUUCUUUGAUUCAUGUCAAUGCUGUCUUAUUUUGACCACGGUUUGUGCUUAACCCAAACAUUAUCCAUCUCAUUCCUUCUCCCUGGCCACCCCCAGCAAAAUGACAAGAGCUGAUUGCUUCAGUUUGAAACUAUAUAUGUGAACUUUGUAGCUGCAGUGAGGAGCCGUAAGCCAAAAUGGAUGGUUUUCUCAUUGCAACACUUUGCCUAAGUGUCAGGUGGGCGCAAGCUGCCGAUGAUGUCACCCACAUUUUUUUCAGCCCUUGAAUAUCUGCCAUUCAUUUCAGCAGCGCUUGCAAAGAGUGAUUUCUUCAUACUGGAAAACAGCCACAUCUAGGGUUCGUCAAACCAAUAAGACCCUGAGCGUGAAUGGAUGGUUAGACAAAGCUACGGGCUUAUUCCCAGAAACGCAUGUAAGUCAGGUGCACAGCAGGGCAAUAAAAUUGCUCCCCAAAAUUCCCAGUAGUUUUGCAUCUGCAAAUUAUGUUGUUGAAUACUUUCCAAUAUUCUCUGGAUGCUCACAUAUUUUUCUGAAUCGCCACUGAAUAUUAAUUAGGGAUUUAGCCUCUGUUAAAGAAAAACAAAGAGCAUAUGCUUCCCCACCCUCACAAUAAAAAAUAUAGCUUUAUUCAUGUGCAGAAUUAAACAACCAUUUAUUUAGUUUUACUUGAUCUAAAUCUGCAUACAUUUGCAUAUGAAUAAAGCCCAGCUCACAAGGAAUGCAAAGCCAAACCAUUGUUUAGUGUGGAUGAGCAAAUGUACAGGUUCCUGGAGCAACAAUGUAGGGACAAAUGUAUCUCCAAACGUCAAAUGAAACAGUAAGGGUGCUGAGAGUUGUUAAGAGACCCUUAUUCCCCUCACAAAGCUACAAUUCCCAGAGUUCCCUGGGAAGAAGGAUUAUUGCUAAACAACUCUGGGAAUAGUAGUUCUUUGAGGGGAGCACCCUUAACACACUACAGUUCCCGGGAUCCUUUGGAGGAAGCCGUGACAAAGUGGCAUCAUCGUAAUCUAAAGGUGUUGUGCAGGUGUGGCCCUGGUUAUUGUUUUGUGUACACACUAUGAAAGCAAAGGCUUCAGGCUUCAACCAGUAGGGGGUGGGCCAUGCUUGGAGGUUGCAUCUAAAGGUCCCCUCCUUCCAGCAGAAGCAGCACGUCUGUCAACGAAAAGUGAGAUGUUCUCGGAGAAGGGUUCCUGUUGGGAGGAAGCCUCUUUCCACCAGAGGAAGGGAGUCUUUGGAUCUCACCCAUAAUUUGCACACAUCCCUAAGAUCACAGCUCACCAUACCAUCUUGUUGAGUCUGGAAGUAGGGAAUUGCAAAUGGGAGAUGCUGGUGUAUGAAAGCAGGAUGAUGCCACAAAAGGCUGAGAAUGGUUUAGGGUCACCCUUGUGUGGUGUUCGGGAGAGAACUGGGCCAAAUUUUCCAGAGCUGUACAUAGCUGUGUUGUUGAAUGUAGCUAAUGCCACGAUGUAACACAAGAAACGAUUUAGUAUGCUAACUGGUGACCAAAUGCCUUUUUCCCCCUCGUUUUUGAUGUUCCAAGCCAAGAAGAUUUUUUUAUUCUCCUCUCUCACUCGGGAACAUGCACACCUCUUUCCUUUUUUGCUUUCGUUUACUGCGGUCUUUGUAGACUGCCAUCAUUGGCUUUUCUUUCUUUGAUCAUCCUCAGCCCAAACUGUAUUAGAGAAAUAAAGCAGCCCUUAAGGGCUGCUUUUGAAGGGGGGGGGAUAAUUACAAGGCAAGUGAAAUGUAAAAAAUAAAGUAGAAAUGAAAUGUUGGCAGCUUACAUAAUGUUAGCCCUUCAAUUUGCAAUCAACAAAUUAUAUAAGGAACCCUCUUCCGUGGCUGCUCUGAUGUUCAUGGUGCCUACAGGGCUGCUUUAUUUUUGACUCUUACACAGGCACAGAAUAGUCCUAGGAGACUAAUAAAUGAAAGCUUUUGCGGAGGAAUCUCUGAGCCUUGGGACACUGUCCUGGCUACACACCUUCCCCAGCCACACUUCUCGCUGUCUCUGCUUUGCCCCGUCAAGCUUUUUAGGCCUGGCUGGAAUGUGUCCUUGAGCUCUUGGCAAUGCCUGUUGCUUCCUUGCUUGGAUGGAGUGCAGAGAGGGCUCCUUCUUUGUGUGAAUGGACGUAGAAAGCAGCCUACUGUGCAAGGGUGAUAUUAGCUCCUGGUGACCCAUGCCUCUGUCCCUGCCUGCCGCUGCCAUGUUAGCCAGAAAGCAACGUGACCCUUGGCUUGGAAAAGUGCUGUGCACUGGGGAAGGGGUACGAUUGAACGGGUAGGCAGCCUUCAUUACUUGUGACAGUUAAGAGUGCUUGAAUGUUCACUGUGGUACGAGGGACUGCUGCUGGGAGGGGGGAAUUUGCACUCCCCCGCCGCAUGCGCAAAAGCGCUUGAGCAUGCCUGCACAGACCAAACUUAGGAGCCUCCCACUAGUUCUUUUGGAUAACUUGCACCCAGCUUCUAAGCAUUUUGUGGGUAUUGUCUCCAGCAGCAAUGCUAAGCUAGAACCAGCCCACAAUGAACAUUCUGUUGGCCAAUAAUUUCUUGAUCUACAGCGAGAGGGGGUUCGAUGAAGUAGGACUAUUAAUUCCCACCAUGCCAUUGGGCCUUCUGUCUCUAUGGUUCUCCACACGAACACUGUUCUGUCCCUACUCAGUCUAACGGAGGAGCUGGUCUCUUGAGACAGCGCUUCAUGUACCUGUCUUGAUCCCUCCUACAACGACAGGCCGCUCCAUGUAUCCAGGUGAAGCAACUCAGGGGAGCCCACAAUGGUGUCUGGGCUAGCAGAUCGUGUGCAUGGAUCCUUGCUGCUUGCAUGCAUGUAUUUUAGCGUGCAUGUAGCUCCCCCACAAAGAUGACUGAGAGAACCCUGGCAAGUUGACGAGCUCCGCAUGGGCACCAGAACUCCUCGCCUGCAGGGAAUUGCUGGAACAGACCAUGGGAGCGUAAAACAAAAAUUAUAUCAGAAUUGAUUGUAGGUCCCUUUCUAUAAGCAAGUUGCAUUGUAGGGGGUUGGACUUAGAUGGCCCUUGGGGUCCCUUCCAACUCUUACCAUUCUAAGUGAUAACUUCCAUCUAAACGAAGGAUACACAGCAGUGUCUUUUGCCGAGCCAAUUUGUUGUCAGUGUAAGAGUCUUUCUUGGUUGAUUUCAUUCUGUCUGGAUGUACCUUUGUUCAAUUUGAAUUUAUCACUCAACUGUCCCUUAGGAGAAACUUCUAAAACAAAAAAAAAAACUUUGAGCCUGCCAGGGGCCAUUGAAUAUCAUUAU